AUGGUAGGUUUUAGUCAUAGUGGUUGGUUGAUUAAGUUAACGCUAUCAAAAAGCUCUAACGGGAAAGCAGUACCAGAAAAAGAGUCAGGCAAGAGUAAUCUCAAUUUAACUGCCGAUGAACUAAAGGAAGAAGGAAAUCGAUGCGUUAAGGCCGGUAAUUUCACGGAGGCUAUUCUACACUAUACUCAUGCGAUUAAGCUAAACCCAGUAGAUGCAAUUCUAUACAGCAAUCGAUCGUUGGCAUUUUGUAAAAUACAACAAUAUUACUACGCAAAUGAAGAUGCUGAUAAAGCCAUCGCUUUGAAUCCCACUUGGGCGAAAGGCUACUUCCGAAAAGCGGAAGUGAGUAUGGGUGUCGGCCAGUAUGACACGGCCCUGCUUUCAUACGGGAAGGCACUUCAAUUGCAGCCUCAAGACAUGGGAAUUAUUCAAGCUGCUCGCAAAGCAGCUAUGAUGAGCAAUGAUGAUCGUGAGCGCGAAAAACGGUCCCCUUUUAUAGGUAGUGCAAUUGGUUGCGUGAUUGGAUUCUGUAUCGUCUUGGCAGAUUUGUUACUAACGGAAAAUCCAACUUUGAAGUAUACCUCAUUAAUGGUGCUUGUCGUAGUGGUGAUAUCCAGUAUGGGGUUUGGAAUAGCAAAAUUGAUACGACACUACAAAAAAAUGCAACGAAAAAGUUUGCUUGAUCCGCCCAUAGAUCUUCUGGAAGAUUUUAAACCUUCCUCUGAAAAUGGAGAUAUACCACAAACUGGAGAGCAACGGCAUGAAAGGAAUCGAUAUACGAAAGCUCAAGCAAGACAACGAUUGAAAAAAGCAAAAACCUAAAGAACUUUUUUCAUGCUAAUAAUCUGGGACUGGUAUUGCAAUUAUACGUGAAACACAUAAAAAAUAGCGCACUAUAACAGAACGUAGAGCAUUUUGUUCAGCUUAAUCUUUAGAUAUGAUAAAAACUAAAUAAUAAAAGACUAGAAAAUUAUUCA